AUGGCUCCCAACGGUGACGCCUUCGUCAUGAACCCCUCCGCUCCGGAGCCACCCACGCGGUACGCCCAUGCCCGCCUCGCCCCCGCCGGCUCCCACCGCACCAUCUACAUCUCGGGCAUCGCUUGCGUGCACCCUGCCACGGGUGAGUGGCCGGGCGCUAAAGACAACGGCGACGGCACAUACGAGCUUGACGUGCGGGUGCAGACCGCAGCGGUGCUGUCUAACAUUGACCUCAUCAUCCGUGAGGCAACAGGCGGCAAGGGGAGCGUCAAGAACCUGAUUGAUAGUGUUGUAUACGUGGUGGACAUUAAGCGGGACUACCAGGGCAUGAACGAGGAGUGGAACAAGGUAUUCACCACGCGGGCCGAGGCACCGGCGAGGGCGACGAUUGGAGUCAAGGAGCUGCCGGAUCCGAAGAUGUUGGUGGAGAUUAAGGGUGUUGCUGUUGUUGAGAUGUAA